CUUAUUCCAACUGAGCCAGCCGUGUGUUUGCUUUCCGUCUUCGUCCUCCCUCUCCUUGCCAGCGGGAGCUGCCAGUUGCCACCCGCGUCGUCGUCUCCGUCGGCCGGCGAAACCCUAGCUAGCGGGGCGAGCGAGAGAGGACAGUGGCGAUGUGGGGGUACCAGAAGGCGCCGGACCUCGAGGCCGGCGGGCCGGAGCUGCUGUACCCGGGGAUGACGGAGAGCCCCGAGCUGCGGUGGGCCUUCGUCCGCAAGAUCUACGUCAUCCUCGCCGUCCAGCUCGCCAUGACGGCCGUCGUCUCCGGCUUCGUCGUCAAGGUGCCCGCCAUCUCUGAGUUUUUCGUCUCCUCCAACGCCGGGAUCGCGCUCUACAUCUUCCUCAUCAUCCUGCCCUUCAUCGUGCUGUGCCCUCUGCACUACUACCACCAGAAGCAUCCGGUCAAUCUGCUGCUGCUCGGCCUCUUUACCGUCGCCAUCAGCUUCGCCGUCGGCAUGACAUGCGCCUUCACCAGCGGAAAAGUCAUUUUGGAGGCUGCAAUUCUUACAGCAGUGGUGGUUGUCAGCUUAACUGCUUACACUUUCUGGGCUGCAAAGAGGGGGCAUGACUUCAAUUUCCUUGGUCCCUUCCUGUUCGCCGCUCUCAUGGUGCUCAUGGUGUUUUCACUACUCCAGAUCUUUUUCCCACUGGGUAAGAUCUCUGUGAUGAUAUAUGGUGGACUGGCGUCCCUGAUCUUCUGUGGCUACAUCAUCUAUGACACAGACAAUAUCAUCAAGCGAUACACGUAUGAUGAAUACAUAUGGGCUGCAGUUUCACUCUACCUCGACGUCAUCAACCUGUUCCUGUCUCUGCUGCAACUUCUGAGGGCAGCGGAUAGUUGAGCUCAUCAACCUUCCACGUCGAUCUUGUUCUCUCGUACAUUUGUGCAUAUCACAAAUUCCAUGAAUGCACAUGGAUGGUCCAAUUUAAAAAGCAGAUUCUGUUGGUGCUACUGUAAUUCAAAUGUUAUGUACAGCGCGGCGGAUAAUGAUCAUUUUGUGUAUGGAACCUCAACUGUUUACCAGCUUUUAAAAAGAUGAAAUGUCGCUUUAUUUCUAUGCA